CCGGAUUCAACCUUCUCCUUCUUCUCCAUCUUCUCCAUCUGGGGGCUUCAUUUUCCAAACCCAAAAAUCCAGCAGAAACGAAGCUUGAAGAUUGAUUUCUGCAUCAAAUUCAAGAUCUCGACCCGCUGGAUGCCGCCGCUGCCUUGAUCAUUGUUUCACCAGUUGCUCGUUCUAUGAGAUGGUAGAUUUGCUGAACGUUUGAGCUGUUGGUUGUGUGAUUUGGGCCCCUUUCUAUCCCACCACGAGUCUCGAGUAAUUGAACCGCGAAGGGGAACAAAACUAGCUCUCUCUCCCUUUUUCUUUCAAUUUCCAGUGUGAUGGCUGUACAGUGGUUACUGUUAUGCCAUGGCUUGGUUACACUUCUGGUGGUGGUCUCUUUCCUUUGCGGCCAGUGGCCGAUCUUCGAUGGCACUCCCAUUCAACGUAUUCACCGUUUCCUCACUUUUGGCGCCUACGAUUAUUUCUUACGACUUAUAGGAUAUGUAUUUGGGUCAAAGGGAACUAAUACGGUUCUAGCGAUCGAAAGUUUCUGCUGUGACAGACCUAAUCCAAUCCUUCAGGUCAUUUAUCUUGCUAUUAUUGGGAUUACCUAUUACAUUAUUACAAUAUCUACAUUCAAAUACGUCCCUGGUUAUUACUUAAGUGGAAUUCAUAGGUAUACAAGCUUUUUGGCUGUUACAGUUGGUGUUCUCCUCUUUCUAUUAACCAGCUUUUCUGAUCCAGGGACGGUGAAUGCUGAUAAUGUACAUCGUUAUCUGUCUGCUUAUCCGUAUGACAACAUUAUUUACUCUGAAAAGGAAUGUUCAACUUGCAAAAUUCUAAAACCUGCUAGAUCCAAACAUUGCAGCAUAUGUGAUCGUUGUGUUGCACGUUUUGACCAUCACUGUGGAUGGAUGAAUAACUGUAUAGGGGAGAGGAAUACCCGAUAUUUUAUGGCCUUCCUUUUGUGGCAUUUCUUUCUUUGUGUAUACGGGGCGGUUGCAAUUGGACUUGUUCUUGCUGGACAAUUAAAAGAAUUAAAAGUUGUUUAUAUCUUGACGGUUUAUUAUGGCGUUGAAAAUUCUUUCUUCGGUCUAGCACCUUAUGUUAUACAGUGGAUUUUGGGCUCCUACAAUACUCAACUGCUAAUCAUGGUGUUUCUUUCGAUAGUUUGUCUGCUAUUGGGAGGUUUCUUUGGUUACCAUGCUAAACUCUGUAUCACAAAUACCACAACAAAUGAGACAUUUAAGUGGCAAGAGUACAUCAGCUGGCAGAGGAAGACAAGUGAAGCCAAGGCAAGUGCAGCAGCCUUAAGAGCAAGCAUGGAUGGUCUGAGUUCCGAAAGAAAGCCUCCAGAAAGCAAAUGGAGAACCAUUUUUCGUAGAUCUCGACUCGAACAAGUGCAGGUUGUCAAGAAUAAUACUUACGAUCACGGAUUUUUACACAACAUUCAUGAGGUUAUUUUCCCUUUCUCAUCAAGACCAUCAUUUUCACGAAGUAAACCGAAAUCUGGCUGAGACUGCUGUAAAUUUAAUGCUCUACGAUGAACCAUGUUGUCGUUUCAUUCAAUUAGAGGUUGAUGGGUCGGUCGAUCGGUCGAGGGUAGCCCUCUGGAGAUUGUAUAAACUCAUGGUCUCUUGCUUUUGCAUUUCUCCAUGGCUUUAUGAUGAUGGUCAGCCUUAAUGAUCUCCUAAUGUUAUUGUUGGAAGUAUUUUGUUGAAUUCUAAAUGUUUUUGUUUAGUGUGUAAGCUAAUUGAGAAGGUUUUGAUUUCUAAGCAAAUUAUGACCUUUGGAA